GUGCUGGCGCUUCCUCGACGCUCACUGCUCGUCGACCCGUCGAGCCAGCGAGAUCGUGGUGGUGUAUCGGAGCGAGGGAAAGAGAGAGAGAGAGAGAGAGAGGGAGAGAGAAAGAGAGAGAGGCAGUUAUUGAUCAUCGAUCGUCGGGGUAGUCGGCUGAGGAAGAGGAAGAGAGAGAAAGAGAGACUGACGUUUCUCCGGGUCGUUUUUGUGCUACGUGGCUCGUGCAGGACCGCGGAGGCGAGCCGAAGAUGGAGAAGGAACAGCCGGACUCCCUGGCGACCGUCGCCGUCGUCUCCGAGAAGAUGCCGCAGACCCACAGCCAUUACGCGCCCAGCGAGGUCUACUCCACCGCCGAGCCGCCACCGGCAUACAUGAGACCUCCGAAGAGCACGGCGGUUCAGAUCGCAAGGAUCGCAGCCAUCACUCUGAUCACGAUGUCCGUGGUGCUCGGCAGCUUCAUCCUGGCAGGGUCUUGGGUGCAGGCCAGAGCCUCGUGCACGCCGGAAGCGAUCGCGGCCAUGCAGGCCGAGCUGAAGCUCCAACAGCAGCAACAGCAGAUCGCCGGGACGUAUCAGUCGCAAGGUGAAUUCCUGAAGCAUCUGCAGCCGGAGGCACUGGUGCAGGACUCCGUCGAAUCGAAGGAUUCUUUGCAAAGCCUCACUGCGCCAGUGAAGAAGGAGGUCGAGCCGGACACCAAGGACAUGAAAGUCCAAGGAGAAGGAGAGAAUGGUUCGAAAUCCGACAACGACAGCAGUGACAGCGAUGACGAUGACGAUUACGAGGACGACGAAUUCCCCCCUGUACACAUUAAACUUCCGCUUCAACUGGAUCUCGACGACAUUGCAGGCACGCUGAUUCAACAAGCUCGUAGCAGAGUUUCCUGCGUGGUUGAACGACGACGAGCCGAUGAAGUGAUGGACGGAACCAAUGACAAUAAUCUGGAGAACAGUACCGAUCCGCAACGUUUCCAGAGACUGAGCGGCGAGCGAGUCGCCAUUCUUUGCGAGUCGGGCAGUCCCAAUCAAGAGCAACAGGAGCAGGAAAUGCUCACUCCGAUUAUCGUGCCCCUGGGCACCGUGCAAAUUCCCCUUCAGUCUCAGGAACCGAACCCGGGCUAUCAUCAGUAUCAGAUACACACCCAGUAUCAUGUUCCCGAUAUGCAGCAAUUGCCACUCAGCGACCCACGGGGAUUGAAUCACAUCCCGCCAGGUGUACUUCCUCCUGAGUUGCGUAAUCUUCCACAGCUGACCAUGGAGAUGAGACCGCCACGAAUGGGCCCGCAGCCGUCCAUAAUGGGACCCCAGAACAAUCCAAUGGGACCGCAAAUGGAGAUGCGUCAGAUCCCCAUUGAACUGCGCCACUUCCCAAUGGAUCCGAUGAGGGGAAUGCGACCAAUGGUUCAGGAGCCUCGUCAGGAUAUCGAUCAGCAGCAGCAGCAGCAGCAGCAGCAACAACAGCAGCAACAGCACAUGAUGUAUCAGCAACCAAUUGAGCAUCAUGUCCCCUACAACCAAGAGCAACAAGUCUCAGCCAUGAUGCCACCACCGCCACCUCCCCCGCCGCCGUCCGAGUCGCAGGUGCAACAUCAGAGAAUAGCGCAGGAGUCACCUAUAAUGAUCCCGCAGACAGAACAGAGGCCGCCCGUCCCGCUUCCGGUCGCUCCCGAAAAGUCGCGUUCUCCCUUCCAGGGUAUUCCCAUCGAGAUCAGACGAAUUAUUCAGCAGGUGCCGCUAGAAAUCAAGAACAUCAUCCAGCACAUCACCGGCGAAGCCAGAGUGUUCCCCAUGCAACAGGUGCCCGAAGGAGCGCGUCGUGAGGAACUCAAGCAGUACCCGGAAAACGUACGGCCGAUACCGUUGGAGUCAUUCCCGCUUCCGGUGGAGGUGAGAAAUCUAAUCGAGCACGGGAACAUCAAGGGCCGCCAGCGUUCAGACGGUGGCGAUGAGCAGCAGGAGGCGAAGCCCUUCCCAGGUCCGGAGGACGAGGGCGAAGAUGUUGAGAGGAACUUCCCCGUGCCCGUAGAGAUUCGUAAUAUAAUCCAUCAGGUCGUGGAAGGUCGUGCAUUCCCGGUUCCGAGAUUCGCUCUGAGACCCGUUGAGUCCUUGGAGGUACCAGUGGAAGCACGUGCCGAAGUGACCGACGGUCAGUCCGCGGAACAGCAAGCCGAGCCACGACAGGACCAACAUCAAGCAGCGCACAUGAUGAUGCAGCAACAGCAGGAGCAACAGCACCAACAACAACAGCAGCAGCAGCAACAGCAAUCUAUGCAGGAGGAAGAGACUCGCCCUCAUUAUGUGCAGCCGCGUUCCGUGCGCUCCGUCCCCGACGAGGUCUUUCUUCAUCGUCGUGAGAAGCGCGUGCGCCGUUGUGCUUGCGACUGCUCCUGCUAAGGGAUGUAGGCUGAUCACGUCCGCCGAACGGAGCGAGUUUUCGAAUCCGUCUCGAGUGAAAUUAAAGAGGAGGAGAAUUUUCUGAAAAGCGCACACAAUUAACGCACACACACGCACGAUCAGAUGCUUGCAGUCGUUGCAGCACCGACGAAUGGGACGAAUAAUUGCAUCGUCGAGUGCGGCAACUCGCCGCAAGCGCUGAUCGUAUUUCAAAUUUUCUUUAUACGAAGUACUUGGAUUAGUCAUUAUGUAGCAGGUCACGACAACUCCAGUAAUUUUUCUUCAGGUUUCCCCAGAUUUCAAGGCUGUUGAACAUUGAAGAAUCUUGAAUUAUAUCAACAGAUUGCACUUAUCAUGAUAAAAAAAUAUACGAAACUGACAAUCGACAAUACCUUUAUCUCCCACAUAAGACGCAGAUGAGCGCUAAUAAAAUAAAGAGAGAGAACAUAUAUAUAGUUGGUGGUUGAAAACGAGUAUAUUUAGCGAGGAGUGACACAUCCGGCUUCAGCGACAACGGAUAAUCGAUUCCAAUAAGAUAUAUUUAUCCUUCUCUAUCGGCCAACAGCACGAGAUAAGAAAUCAGUUACGGGCAGUGACAAUGUUACGCGUUUAGACAUAUUUUAUCAAGCUACGAAUUGUUGAUAAGGCUAAGUAUGAGCGGUACUUUCCAAAUCGAUUCGUUGAUUAUAAAUCGUUAUACUCUUUCGUAGGGAGAAAGAGUGGGAAAGGUAGCUUAGAAAUCUGUGAUUCUCUCUACUACGUAAAACUCUGUGAAAAACAUGCUUCCGGGAACGCUGCAGGUACACGCGCAUGGUUUUGUUUUAAAGAGUAACUAAUUAUUAGGCAUUACACUGUAUUAUAAUAAUCGUCCCCUUUAUUCCCCGUUAAUCUUGCAUUUCUCUUUAGCCCCCUUUUACUUUACUCCAUCUUGUCCUCCUGUUUUACUUAGAAGUUGAAACCCAAGUUCUGAGAAAUAUCGUCUAUUACAUUUUAGUCUGAUCGAUUAUUUACGAUUGUAUUCCUGUACAUUGCUCGAAAAUUAAUUUAAGCUUUGAGUUUGUCUUACCGAAUUAUUUUCUCUAUGUAUUACGUGUUUUAUCUUUUUCAUGACAAGCAAUAAAGUGAUACGAUACUGAUUAGGCUCA